CUAUUGUACUUCAUACUGUAUUUAAUGGUGGAAAACAAAUCUUCAAUAUGGAACCUUCCUAUUGGAAUCAAACCAUUUUAAACAUCAGUUUGCAGACAAUUGAUGUCCCAUGCUCAGAAAUUGAUAAAAUAAUUAAUGCAUAUUAUGUUCCAACAAUCUAUAGCUGCACGUUUAUACUUGGUGCCACUCUUAACUUUGCUGCCAUUAUAGUUUACUUAUUUGCCUUAAAAAAGUGGACUCGAAGUAAUAUCUUUCUUUUCAAUUUGCUACUAGCAGAUCUACUUUAUAUAUGCAACUUGCCUUUCUUAAUUUCAUAUUAUGCAAAUAAAGGUAUCUGGUAUUUUGGGGAAUUUUACUGCAAACUAGUGAGGUAUUUCUUCCAUGCCACCUUAUAUACAAGCAUUCUUUUUCUUGGCUGUGUCAGUAUGGAUCGAUAUUUUUUAAUAGCUCACCCUGUUAAAUCUGCUGAAAUAUUCAAGAAAUGGCAUGCUGCUUUGAUAAGUUUAACAAUAUGGAUUGUUGUGACAUUGGAACUUUUGCCAAUGUUUUACCUAAUUACUACUGAAAGCAUUUCAAACUCCACUGAGUUAAAGUGUCUUGAUUAUGCUAGUUCUGGAGAUGUGGAGAUGACAUUCAUUUUCAGCAUGACAUUGACUUUUACAGGAUUCUUCAUACCUUACUGUAUCCUUGUAUUUAGUUAUAUUCUAGUAGCACGUGUACUAAAUGAUAUGAAAAGAAGGUUUCAACAUUCAGACAAAGUGGGAAAGCCUCUAACUUUAAUUGUUUUUGCAAUGGCACUCUUUUCUGCUUCUUUCAUUCCAUAUCACAUCAUGAGGAAUGCCCGCAUAGCUGUGCGAAUGUUCUACACAUCAAACAGUUGCCCCACUAUUAUUUUCAGGGCACUUUAUAAUGCCACUCGCCCUUUCAGCAGUUUAAACAGUUGCCUCAACCCCGUAUUUUAUUUUCUAGUGGGCGAUAAAUUUCGAGAUAAAUUAUUUUCACUGUUGUGCAAAAGGCAAAAAUCAAGUUGUAAAAAUCUAACGAGAGUUUCAAAAAGUAAGGAAAUAACUGAAGUGUCACAUCUUUAGGAUAUAAAAAAUAUAAGUGUGAAAUAUAGCAGAAUAUUUACAAAUACUGUAUUAUUGACAGUUUUAGUAAAAGCACAGCACAAAUAAAACAUCAACUUUGCUUUAACAUUUUGU